AUGGCCAUGGAAACUGGGCUGCUCCGCAGUACCGGCCCGCUUUUGUCGUGCAACCAAGCAAUUGUGCAGCGCGCAGAAGAGGAAGCCGGAGAAGUGGAGUGGUCGGAUGACAGCGAUGUUUCGGAAUCCGAGCUGGCAAAUGUGGUCAUGGAAAUCCAAGAAGUCACCAGCAAGAUGGCGCCCAAGUCCUAUGCCCAGCCCCAAGAAAAGCGUCAGCCCAAGUUUACCUCGCAGCAGCUGCAUGUGGUGCUGGUGAUUGAUGCCAGUCUAAGCAUGGGCAUUGAGGACACAAAUUUGCUGAUGGAUCGUAAAGGUUCUGAUGAUUCUGAUGUGAAGCUGCGGACAACGGUUCGCCGCAUCGAUGCAGUCUUUCACUCUUGCCAGUCUUUCUUUGAAGUUUGUCAGCCGGAAAGUGGCGAGGAUGUCUACAGCUUGGUCGUCUUCAACAGCCAAUCUCAAAUUGUCUUCCAAAGACUGUUGAAGAAGGCAGCGGCAACCAUGAUGAAGAAGGUUGGUGCCAAAGUGAACCCAAAGAGUGAGACCAAAUUUCAAUCAGUUUUUCAAGCUCUUUACAAACUCUUGAGUCAAAGCGCAGUGCCUGAAGAUGUGAGGGUGGUCUUCUUGUCAGACGGUAAACCCUAUGAGAAACGCACAGUUUUGACUCUCUUUGACAAGCAGCUCUUGCAGAAACAUCGCGCCAAUAGUUUCGAGUUGCACGCCGUGGCUUUCGGUUCUCAAUCGGAGCACUGGCAUCACUUGCGCUCCUUAGCAGAGGUCACGGGUGGGACUUUCCAAACUUCCUCGAUGGAGCCACUCCAGUUGCAUCAGGCCUUCACUUCCAUCGCUGCGACCAUUACGAGCAGCUCGGGUGACAGAUCCGCCACACCAUUGAGAUCGGCGGCAUUGGACAUUCCCUUUGACCCCCUGUGCCGUGAGACCAAAUGCAAACGACGAUGCAGAUUGAUCCAACAGAGGCACAAGAAGAAAAACAAAUGGACAUAUGUCGAUGAGGAAAUGGUGCUGGCGGAGGUUGUUUCAGUGACGGUGGACAUGAAGCCCUUCAACUUCGGAGGAAUGCGCCUGGUUUUUGGCAUGUGGGAUGCAUCGACAAAGAAUAGUCAGCAUCCAAUGGUAGCUAAGCGUCUCAUUCAGAAGCCUCAUGCAGAUAAAGAGGAGAUGCUGCACUUCUGUCGGUGCACAAGUAUCGCGAUUGGACUCCGAGAGAGUUUCAAACAAGCUUUGAAAAAGGUGAAUGUGGAGAUCAGCAUUUGGUUUGUUCCGUGCUACUUGUACGAAUACGAGUCAGGGUGUGGCAUAUCGUAUUUCGUGGGAGAGCAGAGACUGGAGGGACACUUUGUCAAGUUCAACGGAAACAACGGAUAUGUAAAUGAAGAAGCCAAGCUGGAGACGGAGACUGAGAUCUUACAAGCCCUGAGUCAUUACAGCUACUUUCGAAGCAAGGGUAGCAUUUUGCUCAUUGACCUUCAGGGCGUCAUUGACAAUGGUUGGGUGUUGCUCACAGAUCCGCAGCUUCAUUCUAGAACCAAGAAGUAUGGCCGAGCAGAUCUGGGGCUUGAGGGCAUAAAAAGCUUUUUCGAAAGCCAUCAAUGUGGUCCCACCUGCGAAAAGCUGCAGCUCCAGGAACAAACCACCGAGUUGUUGAGGCAGCUGCAGUUGGAGAGAGAUCGACGAUGCCAGGUUUGCAUGAACGCGGCCUCCAAGACUGUCUUGGAGCCUUGUGGGCAUUCCGCCAUUUGCAGAACCUGCGCUUUGCAGCUCCUUGAAUCCAGCAGUGCUUUGUGCCCGCUGUGCCGCAAGCCAUUCCAACGCUGGCGUGACGGCAUUUUCAGUAGCACCUAUGUUCCUACUGUCCGGAGGCAUUGA